GGAGUGGAGUCCAUUAAAACAUGACCCAAACAAGCCUCAUAUUUUGCUCUAAAAACGCAGGGCAAAGCGUGAUAAAACGACAUAAAAGCACCAAACCAUGUAAUUGACUUGAACUCUGACAACUCGUCGCUUUCCAUCUUCCCAUUCAAGUUUUCAAUCUGCCCGCUAAGUGGCCUUAAACCAGAGGAUUUAUGGGUUGGGUUUUACGCUUUUAUACGGCAUUGUUCGUUGCUUGGUGAUAGCUCUUUAGAGUUUUACUUUUUCUAGUUUUCUUUACCUUCGCCCGCGUUUCUAUAUUCACCAGAUAUUUCACGCUGUCGGGUUCCAGGUGCUCGACGAAAUGCCUGAACCAUGCUUUCCUUUACUACCGCGCCAACCCAUUUCUUUGUAUCGCUGAAUUCUUUCGUUAAAUUGAGCCCCUAUACAUUUCCCUUCUCUAUUUUUCAAGGUAGUUCAAGAAAGAAGAAAGAACAGCUUACGUCUCUGCACUUCCUUGCAGUCAAGGAGGCUGGUUGUACGUUGGGGUUUGUUGACGUGAAGAGAAGGAAUUAUAGGGAUUAUUGUUGGAGUUGUGCUGGGUUUGUCAGGAGGUGUAGACAAGAUUGCGGAAGUGAGGGAGAUUUUGCAUUGGAGGCGGAGAUUUUGGAGUUCAUGAAGAAUUCGCAUAAACCAGAGGCGUUUCCAAGCAAGAAAGAGUUAACUGAUGCCGGAAGGGUCGAUCUUGUGGACGCUAUUUGGAAGCGAGGAGGCUGGCGCUCUUUAGGUUGGGAUUUGGAAGAUAGAGUAAACGACGGGUUUCUCUAUAAUGGUGAUGUGAGUUGGGAUUCGAUAGCAGAUAAAGAAUGCAAGAAUAUGGUGAUUCCAGAUAAAGUUUUGAAUGGUAAUGAAGAAUUGAGCCCUGAAGUUUCUUCCUUUAACGAAGGUUCAUAUUCUCCAGCUUCCUCGUCUGGUAGAUCACUAGAAACAGCAGCUGAGGAUGAUUCUGGGAUAGAGGGUAUAUUAAGUCGAUUGGAGAAAGAAAGGAAUAAGAAUUUUGGGUUUGGUUUGAGAGAGAAGGCAGAAAAUACUCGUGUCCGAAGUAAUGAUCUUGGACACGACUUGCUGGCUAAAAGCUCGAAGAAUGUGACAGUUGCUGACUUAGAAAGAAACAAUAGACCUGCAUUAUCAAGCCCUACCAAUGGCACAAUCAAUGGUUCAGAGUGCAAGCUCAAUCACAGCACAUCUCUAUCAAAUAUUGAUGGUUUCAGAAAUUCACUGAAGCCAGAUACUUGGAGAACGUGGAGCAUUAAGAGGGCUGGGUUUUCAGAAAUGGAAUUUGAAGCUGAUGAAAUCAUUUCUUACGGAACUAGAACAGUAGCUGGGAUGGAUGAUAUGGGAAAUGAAAUAGUGGAAAAGGAGGAGGAUGAUACAGCAUCCUUAAACAGAAGGAAAGAUAACUCUUCCCAUGAAAGGAUUAACACCAAUAAAAUACGAAGUCGCCUUCAACAAUUGGAGUCAGAACUUUCCUCUGUACUUAACAUGUUAAAAUCAAACACUAGUGGAAGUGUGUCAGAGAAAGCGGAUCAUGAAAGCACUGUUGAUAAUUUGCUGAAGCUUUCUGAUGCUUGGGAGUUUCAAGAAAAUGAGGUCAUUAAUGCUCAGGCUAAAUUACGGUCAAUACGAGCAAAAUUAGCGGUAUUAGAUGGGAAAAUGGCGCUUGCAAUAAUUGAUGCACAAAAGAUGGUGGAAGAGAAGCAGAAAAGAGUAGAUAGUGCCCGGAGAGCUUUACGACUUCUACGUACUGCCUGCAUAGUUUGGCCUAAUUCUGCCUCAGAGGUCCUCUUAGCUGGAUCAUUUGAUGGAUGGGCCUCGAAGAGGAAGAUGCAGAAGUCAAGCACGGGCAUCUUUUCUUUAUGCAUGACAUUGUAUCCAGGCAGAUACGAGAUCAAAUUCAUAGUUGAUGGUGAGUGGAGAAUUGAUCCCCUACGCCCUAUUGUUCAGAGUGAUGGAUACGAGAAUAAUCUGCUCAUCAUCACAUGAGAAGAUACCUUUGUCAUCCGAAGAUGUCAAAAGUGCAUUUUGAUUUCACCUGUAAAUGCAGAGAGAUUAAUUGGGAGAUUAAUUGGGGUUUAAACUUGUUUCUCCUAUUCAGAAAUGACUCGUCUUAAAUAGAGACAUCAGCAAAUACAAUCUAUUAUAAAGAUAAUAUCACACAGCUGUACACUUAUCAAUA